AUGGAUGCUGCUAAAGCACGUGCUCAUAUUCCGGAACCAACCUAUUUUGAAUAUAAUCAACGAGAUGCAAUAAUUUAUGCACUCGGAGUUGGCGCCAACGCCAAAACCGAUUUGAAUUAUAUUUAUGAAAAUGCGUCGGAUUUCAAAGUUCUUCCAUCGUUUUUGGUUGCUCCAGGAUUUCCAUCGGGAAAUGUUAUGGAUUGGCCGGGAGUUGAAUUUGAUUUGACACGAAUUUUGCAUGGAGAACAAUAUAUUGAAUUGGUUGAACCAUUGGCGGCUGAUGGAAAAUUGAGAUCCGAGGGAAGAGUUGUUGAUAUUUUGGAUAAAGGAUCUGGCGCUUUGAUUCUUGUUGAAAGUGAGUUUUUUUUGGGAGAAAGAGAGAGGGCAGGGAAAGUUUAUGCAAAAAAUAUUAGAACGAUUUUUGGGUUUUGGGGAAAGUUCAGAAAAAUAUUGCGCGCGUUACUGUAGAAUUUGAGUUAGAAUUACUCAAAAUUAAAAAAAUUCGUGAUAUUUUUCAGAUUAGUUUCAAACUUACAAAAAGUAUGAAAAAAAAUUCUGAAAUUUUUUGGCCUUUCUCAAAAUUAAAAGCCUCAUCAGAUUCAGAUUUCAAUUUUUUUUAUUUUUUCGGAACAAAAUUAAAAAUCGAAAUUUAAAACCUUUGUUGAAGAAUUUUAAAAAUCAGAAUUAUUAAUUCUCAAGAUCAAACAAAUUUAGAACCUUUUCAAACUUCUUCAUUUCCAGUCACCACUUUUGACGAAACCACAAACAAAAAAAUCGGCAUGCAACAAAUGGGAAUCUUCCAAGUUGGCGGCGGAAAAUUUGGUGGAUCUCGCACAUCUCCUCACGAAAAACCAGCCGCAACAAUUCCGUCUCGCGCACCAGAUGCAGUUAUCGAAGAGCCAACAUAUCCAAAUCAAGCAGCUCUUUAUCGCCAAGGCGGUGGAGAUCUCAAUCCAUUGCACGUUGAUCCAAAUUUUGCGAAAAUGUCUGGUUUUAAAGAGCCAAUUCUUCAUGGAUUGUGUUCUUUGGGUUUUGCAACUCGACAUGUUAUUAGUACUUGGGCUAGAAAUGAUUCGGAUAAAUUCAAGGCAAUGAAAGUCAGAUUUUCUUCACCGGUUAUUCCUGGACAAACUCUUGUUACCGAAACUUGGAAAGAGGGAAAUCGCAUCAUUUUCCAAACAAAAGUCAAGGAAACCGGAAAAGUUGUUGUGUCAAAUGCUUAUGUUGAUUUGCAUGAAGCAACUGCAACUCCAACAAAAUCAAAGAUUUGA